CUAGAAAUGGGGAAAGGCGGCAGGGGAGAAAGGGCAACCUGUGGGAAAACCAUCCCAAUCUAAAUGCAGAGAUCUUUGUUCUUCAGGUUACCCUCAAAUCUCCCUGCCCCAGGAUGGGUUGCAGGUGGUGAGCAAGCCUCCUUUUCUCCUUUUCCCACUGCACCAGCACUUCUGCUGCCCUUGAGUGUCUCUUCCCAGUUCAUGCCAGCUCCGAGGGUCCCAUGGAGGUCCUCGGAGCUCUGCACUCUGUACUGGCAGGAUCACCAGCCAAAUAGCACGGUGGUGCCGAGGCUGUGCUGCCAGGGCUGUGCCAGUGGGAUUAUCAGAGCAUUUGCCUGUGGUUGAGCAGCCUGGGAAUGGCACUGCACGCGCCUCGGCUGUAGGGUUAGAAGUGCUGCCAGACCCGAGGCGUAGGGAUCGGCCAGGCUGGCUGGCUGCUUUGGCUGGUGAUUAUGCAUUGUGGAGGGAAGGUAACUUUUAACUGAAGUACAAAAGAAAGACAAUAAUGAGCAUUUAUAUUACUGCUUCAGUGCCCACAUAAAGACUUGAGAUGGUUUUAUUAAAGAUGACUUGAUUAGAAAUGAUUUUACUAAAUCUCUGCCUGCUGUCUGCAGUUCACCAGCCUUCCAUUGAAGGACCUUGCCUAAAUGAAAAGGCGACUGCUGAGUCCCCUUUCAUCCUUCUUAUUUGCCUUUAGGAAGCAAAGGAGGGGCCAGACCAAACUGGUGGUGGUGGCAGAGCCUGGGAUGAGCAUGGCAAAGGUUCAGACGUCCUUGGGAAAUUUAUGCCUAAGUUACUGGCUUUGAAAAGAAGAAGAAAAGAAAAAUUGUGUCUUCCUAAUGGGCAUUUAUCAUGGGGAGACAUCACAAAGCAAGAGAAAAGAAAAAAGAAAGAAAAGAGAAGAGACAGGAGAGAAAAGACUGCUCCUGCUCAGGGGGUUAUGCAUGCUGCCAUGCUGUUGGUGGCCGGCUCCUGAAGUUAAGCUUUGUCUGCCUCUGUUUUCCUGGGAUUAGACAGGUUAUUCUCCAGUUACAACUGAUGCACAUUACAGAGUUGUCGUGAAAACUGUCUGGCCUUAACCCAACACCCAUAAAGGAGAAAUGUUUCAUAAAUCAGUUCAGUGAGCAAGUACAGGUCAAGUUGUUUAUUAAUUUAACCUUCUCUUCCAUCUUGACCCGGACCAGCCACAAUGGCUGCUGCCAAAAUCCAUUCAGUGGUUCCCUGUCUGGUCAUGCAUUGUCCUCCAUCUGGCAAAGAUGCCCAGACUCUGGCUACAUAUUGCCAGCAACUUCAUAGUGUAGCUCCCACAGCUGCAUCCACAAUCCCGCUUUGCCACCAUCACUCCUCACAUGCAUGUUUGCUAUACUGGGAUGAUGGACACGAGGGAAGGGGAACCUGCACGGGCCUGGGCGUGUUACAGGGCAUGGGGUCAGCUUCGACCACAGGAGCUGGUGUCUUUCCCCAGAGGGAUACACAAACCCCUGGCCCAUGGCUGGCUGCCAGGCAGGGUUCUGCCCGAUGUGGUUUGACAGCAUCUGCACCAGGGUGAACCAGCAAGAGAAAUUGGCCCCACUGGCACUGCCAGGGGCUGGGCUGGGGCUGGCAACCCUGGGUGUCACUGCCCUGGGGUGGGAGUGAACCGUGUCCCCAGGCUCAUUACUGGUGGGGCUGGUGCCUGCUGUGGGAGGGAGGGGGCUGGAGCUGGGCCUGAGGAGGGGAGAGCCAGAGAGAUGUGUGUCCAUGCUGAGCACCACAGAGUGGGAGGGAUGGAAAGAUGGGUAGAUAGAUAGGUGGAUGGAUAGAUGGAUGGACGGAUGGAUAAUCACAGAACCAAGUGGGCUGGAAAAGACCUCUGAUACCGAGUUCAACACCGUAUCAACUAGACCAUGGCACUAAGUGCCACAUCCUUAAACACCGCCAGGGACGGUGACUCCACCACCUCUCUGCGCAGUCCACUCCAACGUCUGACCACCCUUUCAAUGAAAAAAUUCUUCCUGAUGUCCAACCUCAGCCUCCCCUAGUGCAGGUUCGGACCGUCCCAUCGUCGCGGGCUGGCCGGGCCCGGGGCGCUGGCACCGCCUGGCGGCAGACGCGGGGGCACCGCGGGGCGGGCGCGGCCGCGGCGCCGGGCGGCGGAAGGGGCCGGCGGCGGAAGGGGCGGUGGAAGCGGCGGUGGAACGCUGCCGCCGGCCCGCCCCUUCCGUCGGCCGUGCGGGGACGGCGGCACAUGGGCAAGAAGCGGAGCGAUGGGCUCGGGCGCUGCCUGCAGCGGCAGCGCGGGCUGGACCGCCGCGGCGCCUCCUCUUGGCUUCACGCCAGCGAGGUGGUCGUGGAGCGCGGCCCGGAGCUGCGGUCGGCGCCUGAGCAGAGCCCGCUGGAGGAGUUCCUGGCCACGGCCGAGCUGGCCGGCACCCGCUUCGUGGCCGAGCGUCUGAAUGCCCAGAUCGUGUCUGCCCAGAGCUGCACGGGCCUGCUGACAGCACAGGAGGCCCAGCGCGUUCGGCAGCUGCACCAGGAGAAUCAGGAGUUCCUGCGCAUCCCACGGAGGCCACAUUGGGAUAGGACAACCAGUGCAGAGGACUUGAAGCAAGCAGAGAGAGAGAGCUUUCUUGAGUGGAGGCGACAGCUUGCCCACCUCGAGGAAGAGAAAAAGUUAAUUCUAACUCCAUUUGAAAGAAACUUGGAAUUUUGGCGUCAGCUUUGGAGAGUCAUUGAAAGAAGUGAUAUUGUAGUCCAGAUAGUAGAUGCCAGAAACCCCCUUCUGUUCAGAUGUCAAGAUCUGGAAAGUUACGUUAAGGAAGUCAGUAAAGACAAGGAGAACAUGAUCCUGAUCAACAAAGCAGAUCUGCUGAGUGAGGAGCAGCGUGCUGCUUGGGCACAGUUCUUUGAGAAGGAGGGUGUCAAGGUGGUGUUCUGGUCAGCUUUGGCGGAGUCUGAACGGCUGUGCGGAGAGUCAAAGGAACUGGGCACUGAGGGGGCAGCAGAGCAUCCGAGCAGUUCUGAGGAUGAGAGCUCCAGUCAAGAAGAUGACAACACAGCACAGGGUGGCACAGAAAGAGCAUCCACAGGCAGCACUUGGCAAAGUGCAAACCAGGUUCUGGUGAGUGAUGAUAACAGCAGCGAUGAAUAUGAAGACUGUGAAGAUGAUGAAGAGGAGGACUGGCACACCUGUUCUGAAGAUGAAGCUGGUGACAACAUAAAUGCUAUUGCUCCAGAGAGGAUGGGAAGCAGGACUGAUGGUGCUGCAGUGCAGCAUGGAGUGCAGGAGCAGAACAUGAACAUCAGGAACUUCAGCCAUCUGGUACAGAGAAAUGAGCUGCUGGAGAUAUUCAAAACUAUGCACAAUGGACCGAGGGUGAAAGAUGGGGAAGUAAAUGUUGGGCUGGUGGGUUAUCCUAAUGUUGGCAAAAGUUCAACCAUCAACACAAUCCUUGGAAAUAAGAAGGUGUCGGUGUCUGCUACACCAGGCCGUACAAAACACUUCCAGACCCUGUAUGUGGAGCCUGGCCUGUGCCUUUGUGAUUGCCCCGGUUUGGUGAUGCCAUCUUUCGUCUCUACCAAGGCAGAAAUGAUUUGUUCUGGAAUUCUGCCUAUAGAUCAGAUGAGGGACCAUGUCCCACCUAUUUCUCUAGUUUGCCAGCAUAUCCCACGAAACGUUUUGGAAGCAACCUAUGGAAUAAAUAUCAUAAGGCCAAGGGAAGAUGAGGACCCAGACCGAAAGCCAACAGCUGAAGAGCUGCUAACAGCAUAUGGAUAUAUGAGGGGCUUUAUGACAGCUCAUGGACAGCCAGACCAGCCGAGAUCAGCUCGAUAUGUGUUAAAAGAUUAUGUCAAUGGGAAGCUGUUAUAUUGCCACCCACCUCCUGGUAUUGACCCAGAUGAUUUUCAGCACCAACAUCAAAGAUGCCCUGACAGUACAACUCUGCAGGCCACUGGACAGGUGAAGCCUGAGAAAAAUACCAAAGCAAAACAAAUUGAAAAUGUGGUGGACAAAACGUUUUUCCAUCAGGAGAACGUUCGUGCCCUGAUGAAAGGGGUCCGGGCUGCCAUGGGGUACCGGCCUGGGGGCGGCCUCGUGCCUGCGACUGCAUCCAGCCCUGCCAAUGUGGCUGGAAAGCCCUGGAAAAAACACGGAAACAGGAACAGGAAGGAGAAAAUCCGCAGGAUCACGAAGCACCUGGAGGCUUAGCUGUGGCACCAGUAUCUUGCCUUUUCAGGGCAGGGACUGCACUGUCUCACAGGCCUUAAUUGAAGGGGUAAAAAACCAGAUAAGUGGGCAUCACCAGCUCACCUGGGAGCUCUGUGCAGUGGAGUGGCCUGGCAGAGGAUGAGAGUGGGCUCUGGUGGCUGGAGUUCACCCCUUCUGAGAACAAAAGAGACCUGGCUGUUCGUGUUAUCUGGAAGCCAGCCCAGAUAUUUCACUGCUGCUGAAACAUCCUUUCAAUGGGAGCAGAUGGAGCUGUGCAGGAAUGUUUUUUUCCUUCCAUAAAGGAUGUAUUUUAUAGCUCUUGCAGUCAAAGUCCUGUAAAACUGACUAAAAUCUUUAAACUGUUGAAUUUCAAUGAGUGAUGUUUGUUACACUCUGAGACAAUAUUGCUCAUCUUUUUUUUUUUCUUGGUCUUUAAGGCUUGUUUGUUGAUUUGACUAAAUGCUUUAAUGUGUUGACAAACGAGGUAAAAUGAUCUUUAUUGCCCUCUUCCUUCUCUUCUGUUCUCAGCCCUAUUCUGUAGAAUCUGUAACGACUCCCUGUUUCCUAGCUUGAGCAAAGCACAGCACACCAUGCAAGGAAAAUGUUGCUUUUAUAUCCUUUACACUGAGCUGGUAUCAGUUGUUUCUGUGUGACUUCCCACUGGUAUUUUAAAACAUUGGCUCCUUAUGACUGGCUAAAAAUCUGGUGCUAAUUUGUCCUUAAAUAUAUUUGAGAUUUUGCUUCCUA